AUGGGGGAAUCUCUCUGCCUCGACCAUCCAUUCGCAAUGGCUCCAGCAGAGUACACAAGAUCUGUCAUGGCCUCGUUUUCCGACCUGCGAUCUGCCAAAGAUGGAAACAUUGUCCUGGACGGCCGCACCCUCCGCCUCGGGGACGCCGUCGCUGUUUCCAAAUACGGAGCCAAGCUCUUUGUAACCUCCAACCGCGAUGUCCUCGAUCGUAUGGAGGCCAGCGUCGCCCUGCUCAACGAGCGCCUGGCGACAGGGCGAGUUGUGUACGGCGUCAACUCCGGCUUCGGCGGCAACGCAGACACCCGCACGCACGCCCACGAGGAUCUCCAAAAGGCCUUGGUGCAGCAUCACAACACGGCUGUAUUGCUCCCGUCGGAUCGGGGCCUGGGCUCCUCGUUCAUCCUCGACAAUCUGCGCCAGCAUUCCGUCCCAAUUCCCAUCGUCAAGGCGGCCAUGCUUGCACGGUGCAACUCACUUCUCCGCGGCCACUCUGCCGUGCGCGUUGAGCUGGUGCAGAACCUCGCGACGAUGAUCAACGAGGACUUUAUUCCUGUCGUCCCUCUGCGAGGGAGUAUCUCCGCCUCGGGUGACCUAACCCCACUCGCAUACAUCGCCGGGGCACUCGAGGGCAACUCGGACAUCUACAUCCACUGCGGCGCAAAGCACAACAGCGAAAUCAUGACCGCCGACAAAGCGCUCGCGCAACUCGGCCUCGAACCCCUCUGCUUCCAACCGAAAGAAGCCCUCGGCCUACUAAACGGCACGGCCUUUAGCACGGGCGCCGCAAGCCUCGUCCUGCACGAAGCAAACCAGCUCGUCCUCCUCUCCCAGGUCGCAACGGCAAUGUCCACCGAGGCCCUCCUGGGCACGCGCCAGAACUACGACCCCUUCAUCGCCGACGUCCGCCCGCACCCGGGCCAGCGCGAAGUCGCAAGUAACAUCCACCGCUUCCUCUCGGAUUCGGGGCUAACAAUCGACCACGCGCACACGACGGCAACGAAUGAUCUAGCGCAGGACCGGUACGCGCUCCGCACCGCCUCGCAAUGGAUAGGACCACACGUCGAGAACAUGGCCCUGGCCCUGGCGCAAGUCUCCACGGAACUAAACUCCACAACCGACAACCCUCUCUUCGACGCGCCAAACAGCACAAUCCACCACGGCGGGAACUUCCAAGCCACAUCCAUCACGACCGCCAUGGAGAAAACCACAUCCGCAAUGCAGUCCCUGGGCAAACUCAUCUUCUCGCAGUGCUCGGAACUCAUAAACCCCAUGCUCAGUAAAGGGCUCACGCCCAACCUCUGCGCCGACGACCCGUCCCUCUCCUACGCGCUCAAGGGCGUCGAUAUCAACAUGGCCGCGUACAUGUCUGAAUUGGGGUACUUGAACACCCCCGUGAGCAACUUUGUGCAAACAGCCGAUGUAAAUAACCAGCCCGUGAACUCGCUCGCGCUCAUCGCCGCGCGGUAUGCGGCGGAUGCAGUCGAGGUCUUCGGGCUCAUGCUCGCAAGCCACCUGUACGUCCUCUGCCAGGCGGUCGAUCUGCGCGUGCUACAUGUGCGCUUCGAAAGUGUCGCAAAGCAGACGUUUUGGAAACGAGCCGCGGGGCAAAUCUUCCCGGCUCUUUCGGAGGAGGAUACUGAAGGGCUGUGGACGUCGCUUAUGCGCCAUUGGAACCGCCACUCGACGCUUGACCUUGAAGCGCGCGCAGAGACCGCCGUCGACCUGGCGACGGGGACGCUAUUCGCCCUCCUCUCCUCCUCCUCCACCACCAGUGCCAGUGGAACUGGAAACCAGGACCAGGGCCAGAACCUUCCGGCCCUCAUCAAACAGUGGCAGUCGACUACAUCAAACAUCCUAAAAGCCACCUACGCCCAGACCCGCUCCGCACACUUCGAGGACCAUACCUCGAUAACCCCAAUACAUCUCUGCGCUUCGUCGCGCACGGUCUACGAGUAUGUGCGCAACACGCUCGGUGUGCCUAUGCACAGGGGACUCGAAGAUCACCCGACGUAUGGGAGUGGGGAUAAGGCGGGGAAGAGGACGAUCGGGUCGCAUAUUUCGACGGUUUAUGCGGCGCUACGGGAGGGUGGGUUUAUGGAGGUUUUAGAGGAGUGUUGGGGUGAGGGGCAGUAG